AUGGCCGCUACAGAAAGUUGCAGCCCUGGUGACAGCAGUUGUCCUGAAAACACCAUGUGUACAAACCCUCUAGGCGGUAACAAGUACUGGUGUCUGUGUUCACUGAAUUUCACACGGUCAUCUACAGGGCAAUGCCUUGCUCCAGGUGAGAACGGCGAACAAAAACAAGACGACAAUGCCACAGGAGUUACACAAUGUGGGGAUCAGCUAUGCGGUUACAAAGCAGAAUGUAAGCAGAACAAGUGUGAAUGUUCAUCCAGCAAUGAUGUAUUAACAUAUCUGAAGGGCACUUCUCCUUCUCUGUGGUUCUGCCUUGGCACAAAUUCCGCGGCACUCACUGCAGGCUUGGUUGUUGGGUUAGGAGGGACGAUUGUGCUGGCUGUCAUCGUUUUGGUUGUUGUUGUUCGGAAACGUAAAAGAAAGAGUGGCGAUGGCACUGGUAACACCUCCAUGCGGCCUUCUGUGGAACAAAUAACAGCGAACGCUGCUUACAGUAAUGUUUCUGUGUCGGAUUCCAGGGGCCAAGACAAUGCAGCUUGCUCAACAGCUAUCGCGCAGACCGGCACAUACGAAGAAGUGGAUUUGGACAGAAAUUCCGGAAACAAAGGUGUGGAUGUUGCCGCCGCCAUGGAAUACACCUCACCACAGGAGUGUAAUAUUCUGUGUGAUCUGAAAACCACCCACGGAAAAGAAAGCAGUAUUCAGCCCGAAAUGUACGAAAAUACCAAAGCCUUUUACCAGAAUGUGGAUUCAGCAAAACAGAACGAGUACCAAGUUCUGUAUGAUGUGAAAAACACCAAUAAAAGCAAAAUUCAGCCGGAACAGAACCAGUACCAAGCUCUGUUUGAUCUGAAAACCACUAAUGAGAGUCAAAGCAGAAUUCAGCCAGGAAGCCAAAGUCCCAAAGUAUUUCAGAAGAAUGUGGAUUCAGCAAAACAGAACGAGUACCAAGUUCUGUAUGAUGUGAAAAACACCAAUAAAAGCAAAAUUCAGCCGGAACAGAACCAGUACCAAGCUCUGUUUGAUCUGAAAACCACUAAUAAGAGUCAAAGCAGAAUUCAGCCAGGAAGCCAAAGUCCCAAAGUAUUUCAGAAGAAUGUGGAUUCAGCAAAACAGAACGAGUACCAAGUUCUGUAUGAUGUAAAAAACACCAAUGAAAGCAAAAUUCAGCCCGAACAGAACCAGUACCAAGCUCUGUUUGAUCUGAAAACCACUAAUGAGUGAAAACAGAAUUCAGCCAGGAAGCUAAAGCCCCAAAGUCUUUCUGUACAAUGUAGAUUCAACAGAACAGAACGAGUACCAUAUUCUGUGUGGUCUGGAAACCACCAAUGAG